CGGGUAGAGGGCGGGUGAAAUUCCGUUCUCUCGGGGUGUCGCGCCCCGGUGGCCCCGUCGACCGUCUUGUUUUGUUUGUUUGUUUGUGUAAACACGUCGACGUAAAGAUGAUUUAAUGAUGUUCGGAACCUUUUCGAGGCGGUUCGGGUGUUUCACACGACGGAAGCGUCUCGGCGAGGAUGAGGGAUCUUCCUGGCAUUGACAGUUUGCUCUUAAAAAAGCUGAAGGUAUGUUGUGCCAAAGAGGACAGCGUUCUCCCCAGAGAGACGGGCCUGAAGCUGAUGGAGUCCACUCCUGCAGAGGUGACCUACUUUUGCUUCACGUCUUUCUCUAUUUCUUGCAGUGGUAUAAAUAUGUUUCCAUGUCCCCUCCGCCCAAAGAACUCCAGUGGGGUGUCUGCAAAGUGCCGGGACAGCCGGGUGGAGGAACUGUGGGGCCUGACCACUUUCUUUGGCUACAGCACCCAAACCUUUGUCCAAGCUGUCAAUUUGCUUGACAGAUUUCUCACCUUGAUGAAGGUGCAGCGCAAACACGUCCCCUGCAUCGGAGUCUGCUGUCUUCACAUGGCCGCCAAAAUGAUUGAGGAGGAGGCCGACGUCUCGCCGACCCACGAACUCAUCCGCAUCAGCCAAAGCAGGUUCACGGUGUCGGACCUCAGCCGCAUGGAGAAGAUCAUCUCGGAGAAACUGUGCCUGGAUCCCAAAGCGGUGACGGCCUUGACCUUCCUGCAGCUUUACCACUCCGCCAUCGCCUCCCAGUCUGCCGGCAGGGAGGAGAUCCCAAGCAUUGGGAGACUGGAAGCCCAGCUUAAAGCCUGUUUAUGCCGGCUUGUUUUCUCUAAAGCAAAACCGUCGGUGUUGGCGCUGUCGCUCGUCGCUCAGGAGUUUGAGUCGUUCUCGGUGAUGAAGACUGUCCAACAGUUUCAAAAGCAUCUAAAAAUCAGCGACGCUGAGCUGCUCGGAUGGAAGGAGCUGGUGGCCGAGUGCAUGAGCGCCUACCACUCCAGCCAAUGCAGCAAACCGGACAACAAAAAGCUGGUUUGGAUUGUGUCCAGGAGAACCGCCCAGGGCCUUCAGAGCUGUCACUUCAGCGUUCCCGCUCUGCCGACCAUUCCUGAGAGGAGCUGGAACCAGAGCCAAAGCGAGGACUCGGGCGAGGACACGAGCUGCUCUGAGGAAAGUCCAUGCGGUUCCUUAGGAAGCGACGGCGAAGGAACCUUCUUCCCCUCCAGCUUCCACCACAGCCGAGACUGAUGGGAGUUUUUCCAUUUCCUGGAAUUAUAACAUUUUUAGCAGAGACGUGUGCGUUUUGUGUGCAUGUGUUGUGUGUCAUCUUAGGUGUGUAAAAGCGGACUGAAGUGUGGAUUGUUGGACAUCAAAGGCCCAUCUUCAAAAUGUAAAGCAGAAUAUUUGCGUUACCGCGGCAGCCGGAAUGUUUUUAUUAAAGUCACUUUAAGGUGUUCUUCACACGAAGCACAAGAGGUCAAACACCAGAUGCUCCGUAGUUUGUUUUUUGAAGCCCGUUUUCUAUUUACAUCUAACAGUAUUCUGCAUAUGGAAAAUGUAUGUUCUCACUAACAUGACUCACCUGUGCUGCAUAUGAUGGUACUGGACUGUAAAUGCAUGCAAAUGUUGAAACAUAUUCAUGUUUAUGGUCAAAAACCCCUCUAGAAAAAUCAAAUAACUUGUAAAAUAAUAAAAAUGUGUAUGUUUGGGAUGCUGUUUAUCGUGCUUAACAGAAAGUAUGUGGGAAGCUCAAACUUCAAAAUAAAAGUCUUUUACAUUU